AUGCCUGUAACAUCUCGAUCAACAAAACGCAAGAAGCCUCCUCGUAUCGACUCUGACCAGAGCUCUAAUGAGUCUACUGCAUCUGACGAUGAGAAGCGCGGAUUGCCUCCAAAAGUUGCUCGUUCCCAGCCCACACUUGAAUCUACGCCCUCGUCUGCACGCACACCACAAAGUGCCUCUAUUUCACGACGUAUGAAACCCCGAGGUGAAUUCUCGCGAUCCGUUAGCAGCAACACUGUUCUGGGGAGUGGUAGUCGAACCGCCACGCCCCCACGCGACAAGGAAGAUAGCCAGAGAGACUCUGCCUCAACUCCAAAUUUGGGAUCGCAGUCUCAGUCGAAUAAACAUGAUACGCCCUCUCAGACCAAGAAAUCAAUCGAGGGCUCGAUGAGCACUGCCUCUGCAACGCUUGGGAUGUCUGCUCCACGCCGAACGUACUCGCAAGUUCGGUCGUUCCUGGCACCGAUCGAGGAUCUUGAUCCUGACCUAAACUCAUCUACCUUGUCCAUACCUCGACUCACUUCCACCCAAUCCUAUAACGACCUUCUCCAGUCUGAGUCUCAAGAAGAACUUCAGCAGGAUACGUCCACUAAGAAUAUUACUUUUAACGGGGAAACGGAUCUGCGUAGCAUUACUGAGAUGAGAGUCAAGGGCGAGUCCAGGCGGUUUGGAGAUGACAUUGAAUAUGUCCCGAGGGAUUGGAGAAUGAGAGUGGGGUCAAAGUGCGACGGGCUAGAAUUUGUCACCAGGAUGCAUGAAAAAGGAUUUGUGCUUCGUGCAAGAGCAUCAGACGUGCUAGGGCGUGCGUGGAGAGCAAUUCACCAGUCAGUGCUCGAGGCCGGUGACCGAGUAUUUGAUGCGAUCGCUGCUAUUUUCAUUUGCCUUGUUGCGCGAGAGCUUCAGGACGUCGCAGGCGCGCUGCAAGAUUCGAAACUUCCUUCUACAUUCUGUUUUAUACUUAAUCGGGCUCGGGACUUUGAUGGAUUGGAGGCCGCAGCAUCCGACAGCAGCUGGGCUAUGUACGCGGAUGUAGCCAAGCGAGCCGGAGUCGGGAAGGUCGAGCGGAAGCAGCUUUGUGCAUUGCUGGGUUUGUGCCAGAACAUCAAACUCACCCCAACCGGACAAGUGGUAACUACACGACUUCUCAUCUCACAUGGAAUGUCUCUGCUUGUGCCCAGACCCACUACCCGCUCCUUGCUGUUGGAUAUCAUUGCCAGCACCUCGGCAUAUAUGGAUGUAUUCGACACCCGACUACUUGGAUAUUCUACCGGCCUAAAUGUAUUGCCACCCUCUGGCGUGGGCUCGCUGCACUUAUUACAAUUCAUGAGCAACUUGCUAAGGAGUUGUCAAUUCGCGAUCGACCAAUACGAGCCGAGUGACGAAGACGAAGAAUGGGUUUGCCAAAUCUUAAUGACAAGCGAUCCAGAAGAUCUGGAGAGUGGAGUCUCUACGCUUUCCGGACAGUGCGCUCUCGGAUGUCUGAAAACCCUGGUCUUGCUUACGAGCGAUCUACCCCACCAGUCUUCCCAAGACGCCGAACCUGGGACCACAAAGGGGGGUGAUCCGAGCACUCAAUCUACGCAGUUUGAACAUGCCUGUCUCGGAUUGGCACUAUUGCUUAAUCUGGUGAAAGAGGGCUCUGUGGGGGUUAAGCAAGUUCGAAGCCUUAGGAUAUACAGUUCAUGUCCGUUGAAUCGAAAAUGUUCGACCGAGUGUCAAUGCAAAAACCGGAAGCCCCUAUUGAAUCUGUAUGUUGGAAUGUAUGGGCAACUGCAAAACGAAAGUGCCCUCCAGGCUGAUUUUCAUGCAACGUUUCUCGCCGGGUACCUCGCCGUUCUCUUGGGACUUUUGGUUGUUAACGACGAGUCCGUCAAGGAUGGCGUGUACGAAGAACUACCAGGCCCGGCAGGUUCCAACAAGUUUGAAGAUCUGGCCCAAAGCAUUGAACAAUUCGUCCAUGCUUACGAAAAAGUGGCACAAGCGACCAAGAUUCGAACCAAUCGGGACGAAGAGGACGAUGAUAAUAAUGAUGAUAAUGAAGACAAAGAGCUGUGUUUUGUGGCUACAGUAGCUGGUUCAAAACAAGCAAGAUGGACUCGCUACCCAAGAGACCGAAUACGCCUCCAUCUCCUCCCAGACGCGGAUCCCGGCACCCCCGGUGUAUGGGACAGAGACAGAGGCCGCCCUAUCUACCGACCACGCUCUCGUUCUCGCUCGAGGUCUUACGACUACAACUAUGACUUUCCUCGUCGCCGGACACCGCCACCACCCCAUCCCAUCCCCACUCACGACUCCCCCGCCGUGCUUGGGAGCGCUCUCGUUCCCGUUCUCCACAGCCACCAAAAAGCUCGGUUCCCUGCAAAUAUUAUUCCCGGCCAACAGGAUGCGACAAGGGCAACCGCUGUCGAUUCCGCCAUGAAGGUCCUCGCUCCCGUUCCUUUACUCGCUCUCGGUCACGCACUCGUUCGCCCCCUCGUUCGCCCCGUUCAAGGAGCCCCCCGCUACGGUAUCGAGGAGAUAGUCCAAUUUGCUCCUAUCUCUCCUAUGAGAGGACGGACUACAAACGAUCCAAAUGAGCCUCUGGAAGAAGGUGAAGAACGAUCUCCUGGGAGAAGAUCCGGGAGGUCAAGAGGAAGAGCUAGGAGGCGACCGGAUCGCAAGGGUAACUGGGAUUCAUUCGUAGCAGAUGAGGAUGAAGAAAUGAGUGACUAUGAAGGAAGGGACAGCAAACGGGGGCCGCACUCGUUCUCGUUCACCCCGACCACGGUCCAGGAGUCCCUCGAAAUCUCGGUCAAGGUCACCCAGAAAUACGGUCGCCGCUGCCACUCGAUCAAGCUCACAAGAGAAGCGCAAUCAUUAUCUCCCUCCGUCCCAGUCUCGGUCCCAAUCUCGCUCUGCCCGUUCCGUGAGAUCACCCACACGGUCGCGGGAUCGCUCGCCAGUCCGCGGUCGAUCCCGCACUCGCUCGCGAUCGCGUUCAUCAUCGAGGGCAUCCCGAUCUCGCUCUCGUUCUCCGUAUCGUCAAUCACACCGACACCGAGAUCGGGACCUUGGACAGACCGCGAUCCCAAAAGCUCGACACCAGCCCCUAAUCCUGACACGGCUUUACCCACUGUCAAUGUAACCGCACCCUUGAUACCCACAGGCCCACGCGUGCGCACCGGGUCAAUCCACAACCUGUGCCUGCCGCUAUCACCCGAGCCAUGCCUCCUGUGCGCGGCGGAGCUCCACCCACCGGUCCUAGGGGAGACCGGGAGCCUCCUCGUGGCCCGAGAAAUAUGCACCUGGCCAUCGGUAGAAGGAAGUCAAGCCGCGUCACCUGCCCAUCCGAAUGUGGCUCAAACCUCAGCCUCCCUACAUGCAUCUCCGCUAGUCGGACAAGUUGUACCUUUACCAGGGCCCUCGGGGACAGCCUCCUCUCAUGCGGCCCAGCCUUACCAAGGACCUCAAGCGCACCCGCUCUCACUCCCGCCACGCCCCCGUUCUCCGCCCCGCCCACGGUCUCCCCCUCGUGGUCCACGAGCGACGCGCGGCUUGCCAGAAAAACCUAAAGGUGUCGGCCUAGAGCUUGGAAGAGAGGGUGGCGCUGAGCGGGAUCGGGGCGCGGAUACUCUUGAGCGGGGCAGGGACAGGAACGAUUGGAACGACAAGACCAGGGCUCCCGGCGAACCUGAACGUAAAGUUCAUCCGUUUGUAACAAAUUCCACUCGGCAAGUUCGAGUACCAACCCCACGCGCAACCACGCGUAAUUCAUUAUUCCCCGAACUUGAGAAAGAGCUUGCCAUGCUGGAGGAACAACGUGCGCGGCUCGCGAACGAAUAUCUUCCGUUGGGGAUUGCACUCAGACAGGCUGUCGAUGAGCUUGCGUUGAGUACCAUCGAAUGUCGUGCAGCUGAAGACCGCCGGAUAAUGACCGAGACCGUUUUGGAAGCCAUGGUCAAAGGCAGUGGAUUGACAGCCGGUGGUGACAUUUAG